AUGGAAGAUGUUCAUACUAAAAUACAACAUUUUGAAAAUACAGAUGACUUAGAAACCUCUCUAACAAUAGCUGCUGAAGCAGGAAAUGCCCUACUAGCAGAAAACAAAAAACUCAGGCAGGACCUGCAUGCUUUAACACUAAGAAAUUCCCAACUGGCAAAACAGAUCUCCAACCUAAAUACUUUGUCAGAACUAACAUAUCAAGCUAAGAUAGAGAAACUUGAGUCACAAAAUGAAUCCCUACUCACUAGAAAUGUCAUGCUAACUGAUGCACUAACAGAAAUUGAGAACCAACUGAAAGAGAAACAAUUACAAGUUGCAUUAGAAAAAGCAUUUGAAGAACAAGACGCAGAUCGAAUCUCAAAUAAAAUAGAUAUGAUGACUGACCUCCUCACCAAUACCUAUCCAGAUGUCCUCAUAAUAACAGAACACGGCCUCUCAAAGUCAAAUCUAGAAAAUACCAACCUAGAAGGCUAUACACUAAUAGAGAGUUUUUGUCGAGAGCACCACCAAAAAGGGGGAGUGGCGAUACUAGUGAAAAAUGAACUUAAGAACUACGCUUCUGGACUGGAAAGAAACAUACAUAGCCAGGAACUUGGCAUCUUCCCAACAAAAUUGAAGUUAGCUAAAGUGUACCCUAAACUCAAAAAAGGGGAUCCAACACAACCCAGUAACUAUCGGCCAAUAUCCCUACUGCCUGCAAUAUUCAAAAUUAUCGAGAAGAUUGAGUUAUCAAGACUAUUAAACCAUCUCAAUACUAACAACCUUCUUCCCCAAGAACAACAUGGCUUUAUGGGAGGUAAAUCUACAUCAACUGGACUGACAAGCAUUGUCAAAUAUUUAAUAAAAGCAAUAGACAAAGGAGAUACAACAACUGCUAUUUUCUUGGAUUUUACAAAAGCUUUUGACUGCUUAAGCCAUGACAUGCUAGUGAAAAAGUUGAAGGCUCGGGGAGUGGUAGCGAAAACUGCUGACUGGUUUACGAGCUACCUAACGGACAGAAUGCAAACGGUAGAAAUAAGAAGCCCAACACCAAGGAGUGACAACAAAAACUACCUCGACACCACUGGCCAAUCAGUAGAGGAGUCCCACAAGGCUCAGUUUUGGGCCCCAUACU